AAUUUGUUUUUGGGGAGAUAUUUGUUAUUUUAUCGCCAUUUAUACCGAUUAAUAUUAAAUUCCGCUACUAAAUCCGUCAAUAUAUGUGUGUUGGAGUUUGUUUUAGCAAGACACGCGCGCGCCUUGCAUUUAUUUCGAAAGCAACAACCGGAAGCAACCAUUGAGGCGAUACUACCGCACGUCUGCUGGUCCAGCUAGCCGCCGAGAAAGCAUCAAUCCGGGGCGUUGUUUCGUGUGACUGUGCGCCUCCCCUGGAAGUGUGUCAGCGUGGACCUAGAACGGAGGAGCCGAGCGGAGCUAUAGCGGCAGGGCCGGGCGUCAGUGGGCGCUGACUGGCACACACCCGCCUCAUCACUUCUAGUCCGGUCUUAGCGCCACAGUUGCAACGAUGAGAACUAAAGCCAUGACUACCACGACGACGACGGCGGCGCCAGCGAUGGCACGCAUCCUCAUCAAGGGCGGAAAAGUGGUGAAUGAUGACUGCACCCUGGAGGCCGACGUCUACAUCGAGAACGGCAUCAUCCAGCAGGUGGGCAAGGAGCUGAUGAUCCCCGGCGGCGCCAAGGUGAUCGACGCCGCCGGGAAGCUGGUGCUCCCGGGCGGCAUCGACACCAGCGUCCACCUGGAGGAGACCUUCAUGAACGCCACCACGGCCGACGACUUCUACAGCGGCACAAAGGCUGCUUUAGCCGGCGGCACCACCAUGGUGAUGGCGCACGUUCUGCCCGAGAAGAACGAGUCUUUGCUGGACGCCUACGAGCGGUGCCGUGGCUCGGCGGACGCCAAAGCCUGCUGCGACUACGGGCUGCACGUGGGAGUGACCUGGUGGGGAGCCAAGGUGCGUGCCGAGAUGGAGAAGCUGGUGAGGGAGAAAGGCGUGAACUCCUUCCAGAUGUUCAUGGCCUACAAGGACACGUUCAUGCUGAGGGACAGCGAGCUCUUCCAGGCCCUGCAGCACUGCAAGGACAUCGGCGCCAUCCCCAGAGUCCACGCCGAGAACGGCGAGCUGGUGGCUGAGGGAGCAAAGGAAGCGUUGGAGUUGGGCAUCAGUGGCCCCGAGGGCAUUGAGAUCAGCAGGCCUGAAGAGCUGGAGGCGGAGGCGACCCACCGGGCCAUCACCAUCGCCAACAGGGCUCGCUGCCCCAUCUACCUGGUCAACGUGUCCAGCAUGGCGGCAGGAGACGUGGUGGCCACCGCCAAGAUGCAGGGUCGGGUGGUCCACGGGGAGACGACCACGGCCCACGCCGUGCUGAAUGGCGCCCAGUACUACCACCAGGACUGGGCCCAGGCUGCGGCGCACGUCACCCUGCCUCCCCUGCGCCUCGACCCCAACACGCCCAGCUACCUCCUCAGCCUGCUGGGGAACGACACCCUGAACGUCCUGGGCUCCGACCACCGCCCGUUCACCACCAAACAGAAAGCGAUGGGCAAGGACGACUUCACCAAGAUCCCGCACGGGGUCCCGGGCAUCGAGGACCGCAUGAGCGUCAUCUGGGAGAAAGGAGUGAUCGGAGGCAAGAUCGACGAGAAUCGCUUUGUCGCCGUCACCAGCUCCAACGCCGCCAAGAUCUACAACCUGUACCCCAGGAAGGGAAGGAUCAUCCCGGGGGCGGAUGCUGACGUGGUGGUCUGGGACCCGGAGGGCUCCAAGACCAUCUCUGUGGAGAACCAAGUCCAGGGUGGAGACAUGAACCUCUACGAAGGUCUUCGUUGUCACGGCGUUCCGUUGGUGACCAUCAGCCGGGGCCGGCUAGUCUACGAGAGCGGCAUAUUUACCUGCGCCGAGGGCUCCGGGAAGUUCUGCCCGCUGAGGACCUUCCCAGACUACCUUUACAAGAAGAUGGUUCAAAGGGAAAAGAGCCAGGCGGCGAAGCGGGUGGAGAGGGAACCGUACCAGGGCGACGUGGUGCCGGUGGCAAACGCCGGGAAGCGGGACGGGGGCGCCUCGGACCUGGACACCCCCACGCGCCCCAGCACCCGUCACGGCGGCGUGAGGGACCUCCAGGAGUCCAGCUUCAGCCUGUCCGGUGCUCAGAUCGAUGACAAGAUCCCCAAGAGAUCCUCAGCCAGGAUCCUCGCGCCUCCUGGUGGACGCUCCAGCGGCCUCUGGUAAAGAAACCACCCCGGAGGACAUCCGAGCAAAACAAGCUUUCAUUAAAACACUCAUGCAUUUAUUUAAAACUUUUUUUUUUUUUAAACCCAGCCCAGUUUCUUCCGGCUCUGAAGCAUAAAAUCUUUAGUCAUAUCAAAGUUUGGAUGAAGGACUUUUAGUCCCGUCCAAAUAGUAGCAAACGUCCAUUCUUGCUCUGAUGCACGCUGCACUCUUACAUGCCUUUUGUACUUCAUUUUAGCUGCACUUGCUAGGACUGUGACAAGUUGUCAUGUGACUCGGCAGUCGAAGGACAACACGGUGCAAUUUUUAUUGUGUGAAUGCUCCAAAACAUUCACACAUGCUUUUCUACACCUAAAUUCAUCUAUUUAUUAUUAUUCUUCUCCAGAUUUUGGCGCUCUCUACCUUCCACAUUUUUCACCCGAUUCAAAGCGUUCCAACUUCAAACUGUUCCCUUGACAAAUUUUUAAAAAAUUCUCAGAUUUCCCAGAAUUCCAGGUUUUCCUGGACAUUUUUCCCAUUCAAAAUGAAUUGGCCAUUUUUCUACCUUUCACCCUUUUCCACAUUUUUCAACCGAUUAAAACCAUUCCACCUUCAAAACAUUCCACCAUCCUGGAAAUUCAAACUUCCCUUUUUCCAAGUUCAAAAAAAUUCCAGGGUUUUCCAGAAUUCCCGGUUUUCCAAAGCCUUAUUUCCACCCUUUUUUCUGGCGACUACUCCUUCCACAUUUUUCAACCCACUUCAACCGUUCCACCAUCAAAACAUUCCUCUUAAUCAGGACAAAAAAACGAAGUAUAUUUUGAACUGGAAAACUUUCCAGAUUUCCCAGAAUUCCAGGUUUUCCGGGACAUUUUUCCCAUUCAAAAUUAAUAGGCCAUUUUUCUAACUUCCACCAUUUCCACAUUUUUCAACCGAUUCAAACUAUUCCACCUUCAACGUUACCACUCAUCCUGGAAAUUUAAACUAUAUUUUUUCCAAGUUAAAAAAAAUUCCAGGAUUUUCCAGAAUUCCCGGUUUUCCAAAGCCUUAUUUCCACCCUUUUUUCUGGCGACUACUCCUCCCACAUUUGUCAACCCACUUCAACCGUUACACCGUCAAAACAUUCCUCUUAAUCAGGACAAAAAAAGGAAGUAUAUUUUGAACUGGAAAAAUUCCCAGAUUUCCCAGAAUUCCAGGUUUUCCGGGACAUUUUUCCCAUUCAAAAUGAAUUGGCCAUUUUUCAAAAUGUCACACAUUUCCACAUUUUUCAACCGAUUCAGACCAUUAACAUAUUCCACCAUCCUUGAAAUGUAAACAACCUUUUUUCCAAGUUCAAAAAAAUUCCAGGAUUCCUGGUUUUCCAAAGCCCUAUUUCCACCCGAUUCAAAGCGUUCCAACUUCAAACUGUUCAGCCUAUUCGGGAAUCGCAAACUUUUCCCUUGACAAAUUAAAAAAAUUCCCAGAUUUCCCAGAAUUCCGGGUUUUCCUGGACAUUUUUCCCAUUCAAAAUGAAUUGGCCAUUUUUCUACCUUUCACCCUUUUCCACAUUUUUCAACCGAUUCAAACCAUUCCACCUUCAAAACAUUCCACCAUCCUGGAAAUUCUAACUUCCCUUUUUCCAAGUUCAAAAAAAUUCCAGGGUUUUCCAGAAUUCCCGGUUUUCCAAAGCCUUAUUUCCACCCUUUUUUCUGGCGACUACUCCUCCCACAUUUUUCAACCCACUUCAACCGUUCCACCGUCAAAACAUUCCUCUUAAUCAGGACAAAAAACGAAGUUGAUUUUGAGCUGGAAAAAUUCCCAGAUUUCCCAGAAUUCCAGGUUUUCCUGGACAUUUUUCCCAUUCAAAAUGAAUUGGCCAUUUUUCAAAAUUUCACCCUUUUCCACAUUUUUCAACCGAUUCAGACCAUUCCACCUUCAACAUAUUCCACCAUCCUUGAAAUGUAAACAACCUUUUUUUCAAGUUAAAAAAAAUUCCAGGAUUUUCCAGGAUUCCUGUUUUUUUAAAGCCCUAUUUCCACCCGAUUCAAAGCGUUCCAACUUCAAACUGUUCAGCCUAUUCGGGAAUCGCAAACUUUUCCCUUGACAAAUUAAAAAAAUUCCCAGAUUUCCCAGAAUUCCAGGUUUUCCUGGACAUUUUUCCCAUUCAAAAUGAAUUGGCCAUUUUUCAAAAUGUCACCCUUUUCCACAUUUUUCAACCGAUUCAAACCAUUCCACCUUCAAAACAUUCCACCAUCCUGGAAAUUCAAACUUCCCUUUUUCCAAGUUCAAAAAAAUUCCAGGGUUUUCCAGGAUUCCCGGUUUUCCAAAGCCUUAUUUCCACCCUUUUUUCUGGCGACUACUCCUUCCACAUUUUUCAACCCACUUCAACCGUUCCACCGUCAAAACAUUCCUCUUAAUCAGGACAAAAAACGAAGUUGAUUUUGAACUGGAAAAAUUCCCAGAUUUCCCAGAAGUCCGGGUUUUCCUGGACAUUUUUCCCAUUCAAAAUGAAUUGGCCAUUUUUCAAAAUGUCACCCAUUUCCACAUUUUUCAACCGAUUCAGACCAUUCCACCUUCAACAUAUUCCACCAUCCUUGAAGUGUAAACAAAAUUCCAGGGUUUUCCAGAAUUCCCGGUUUUCCAAAGCCUUAUUUCCACCCUUUUUUCUGGCGACUACUCCUUCCACAUUCUUCAACCCACUUCAACCGUCCCACCGUCAAAACAUUCCUCUUAAUCAGGACAAAAAACGAAGUAUAUUUUGAACUGGAAAAAUUCCCAGAUUUCCCAGAAUUCCAGGUUUUCCUGGAAAUUUUUCCCAUUCAAAAUGAAUUGGCCAUUUUUCCAAAAUUUCACCCUUUUCCACAUUUUUCAACCGAUUCAGACCAUUCCACCUUCAACAUAUUCCACCAUCCUUGAAAUGUAAACAACCUGUUUUCCAAGUUCAAAAAAAUUCCAGGAUUUUCCAGGAUUCCUGGUUUUCCAAAGCCCUAUUUCCACCCUUUUUUCUGGCGACUACUCCUUCCACAUUUUUCAACCCACUUCAACCAUUCCACCGUCAAAACAUUCCUCUUAAUCAGGACAAAAAACGAAGUUGAUUUUGAACUGGAAAAAUUCCCAGAUUUCCCAGAAUUCCAGGUUUUCCUGGACAUUUUUCCCAUUCAAAAUGAAUUGGCCAUUUUUCAAAAUUUCACCCUUUUCCACAUUUUUCAACCGAUUCAGACCAUUCCACCUUCAACAUAUUCCACCAUCCUUGAAAUGUAAACAACCUUUUUUCCAAGUUGAAAAAAAUUCCAGGAUUUUCCAGGAUUCCUGGUUUUCCAAAGCCCUAUUUCCACCCUUUUUUCUGGCGACUAUUCCUUCCACAUUUUUCAACCCACUUCAACCAUUCCACCGUCAAAACAUUCCUCUUAAUCAGGACAAAAAACGAAGUAGAUUUAGAACUGGAAAAAUUCCCAAUUUUCCAGAAAUUCCGUAAUACCAUUCCUCAAUUCAACAUGUUACUACUUCAACAUUUCUCGACCGAUUUGAAAAAUUCCAACUUCAAACUGUUCAGCCAAUUCAGGAAUCGCGAGCUUUCCCUUGACAACUUCCAAAAGUUCCCAGAAUUCCAGGACAUUUUUCCCAUUCAAAAUGAAUUGGCCAUUUUUCAAAAUGUCACCCUUUUCCACAUUUUUCAACCGAUUCAGACCAUUCCACCUUCAACAUGUUCCACCAUCCUUGAAAUGUAAACAACCUUUUUUCCAAGUUCAAAAAAAUUCCAGGAUUUUCCAGGAUUCCUGGUUUUCCAAAGCCCUAUUUCCACCCUUUUUUCUGGCGACUAUUCCUUCCACAUUUUUCAACCCACUUCAACCAUUCCACCGUCAAAACAUUCCUCUUAAUCAGGACAAAAAACGAAGUAGAUUUAGAACUGGAAAAAUUCCCAAUUUUCCAGAAAUUCCGUAAUACCAUUCCUCAAUUCAACAUGUUACUACUUCAACAUUUCUCGACCGAUUUGAAAAAUUCCAACUUCAAACUGUUCAGCCAAUUCAGGAAUCGCGAGCUUUCCCUUGACAACUUCCAAAAGUUCCCAGAAUUCCAGGACAUUUUCCCCAUUCAAAAUGAAUUGGCCAUUUUUCAAACUUUCACCCUUUUCCACAUUUUUCAACCAAUUCAAACCAUUCCACCUUCAACAUAUUCCACCAUCCUUGAAAUGUAAACAACCUUUUUUUUCCAAGUUCAAAAAAAUUCCAGGAUUUUCCAGGAUUCCUGGUUUUCCAAAGCCCUAUUUCCACCCGAUUCAAAGCGUUCCAACUUCAAACUGUUCAGCCUAUUCGGGAAUCGCAAACUUUUCCCUUGACAAAUUAAAAAAAUUCCCAGAUUUCCCAGAAUUCCAGGUUUUCCUGGACAUUUUUCCCAUUCAAAAUGAAUUGGCCAUUUUUCUACCUUUCACUCUUUUCCACAUUUUUCAACCGAUUCAAACCAUUCCACCUUCAAAACAUUCCACCAUCCCGGAAAUUCAAACUUCCCUUUUUCCAAGUUCAAAAAAAUUCCAGGGUUUUCCAGAAUUCCCGGUUUUCCAAAGCCUUAUUUCCACCCUUUUUUCUGGCGACUACUCCUUCCACAUUUUUCAACCCACUUCAACCGUUCCACCGUCAAAACAUUCAUCUUAAUCAGGACAAAAAACGAAGUUGAUUUUGAACUGGAAAAAUUCCCAGAUUUCCCAGAAUUCCAGGUUUUCCUGGACAUUUUUCCCAUUCAAAAUGAAUUGGCCAUUUUUCUAACUUUCACCCUUUUCCACGUUUUUCAACCGAUUCAAACCAUUCCACCAUCCUGGAAAUUCAAACUUCCCUUUUUCCAAGUUCAAAAAAAUUCCAGUGUUUUCCAGAAUUCCCGGUUUUCCAAAGCCUUAUUUCCACCCUUUUUUCUGGCGACUACUCCUCCCACAUUUGUCAACCCACUUCAACCGUUACACUGUCAAAACAUUCCUCUUAAUCAGGACAAAAAAACGAAGUAUAUUUUGAACUGGAAAAAUUCCCAGAUUUCCCAGAAUUCCAGGUUUUCCUGGACUUUUUCCCAUUCAAAAUGAAUUGGCCAUUUUUCAAACUUUCACCCUUUUCCACAUUUUUCAACCGAUUCAAACUAUUCCACCUUCAACAUAUUCCACCAUCCUAGAAAUGUGAACUACCUUUUUUCCAAGUUCAAAAAAAUUCCAGGAUUUUCCAGGAUUCCUGGUUUUCCAAAGCCCUAUUUCCACCCUUUUUUCUGGCGACUAUACCUUCCACAUUUUUCAACCCACUUCAACCAUUCCACCGUCAAAACAUUCCUCUUAAUCAGGACAAAAAACGAAGUAGAUUUAGAACUGGAAAAAUUCCCAAUUUUCCAGAAAUUCCGUGAUACCAUUCCUCAAUUCAACAUGUUACUACUUCAACAUUUCUCGACCGAUUUGAAAAAUUCCAACUUCAAACUGUUCAGCCUAUUGGGGAAUCGUAAACUUUCCCUUGACAAAGUCCUAAAAUUCCCAGAUUUCCCAAUAACAAUAAAAGUAUAAUAGUUAGCACAAAUUAUGACAGGGGGGGCUGGUUAUGAAUAAUAACAUGUUAAUAACAACAUAAGACCAAAAACAUUUUGCAGCACAAAUGUAACACAAAGAAAUAGCAGUGUUUUUUUUAAUAUUUGCAAUAAGGAAGACCAACUUCACACGGGUCCAAAAAUUUGCCGAUUUGUGCAAAUUCAAGCCGUCCCUGCAAAUUAUCCCGGGCCUUUCCACCAAUCAAAUUUGUCUACGUCACCUGUCCAAUCAAAACCUAUUUCUUUUGUAGACGAAGCAGGAACAACACAUCAACGCUUGCAUAGUUCACGCCUACUUCCUCUUCCUGUCUGCGACGCAAAGCCUUCUGGGUAAUGUAGUACGUGAACAUUGACUUCCUCGUUGACAUGUAUUUAUAUAUUUAUUUAACAAUUUAACCAGGGUACGACAAUUAAGAACGUAUUUUCAUUUGCAACGCUGACCUAGCAAAGAGGCGGAGUUUACAUGUUCGAGAUGUUGAGGUGUGAUGAUAAUCUCACAUUGUCCUUUAUUUAUGUAUAUAUCGUGCUCAACAGUUCACACAUGUUCUUAACGACAAUAAGGAAGCCUUUGGUGGUGUUUCUAUAGUUACGUUUAAGGUUAGAAUUGAUUACAACACUACAGUCAUUUGAUAACGAGCUGUGGGUGGUAUAAAAUGAGUAAAACGACACGGUUUGUUUUCCUAUUAUUGUUGAGGUUACAAAUUGAAAAAGGAAGUCCAAAAAAUGACAAGUUUGUUCGAUUUAAGCUUCAAAACAUCACAUUUUUGAAAAAGUAUGCCGCAAAUGGCCCCCUCCCCCGCCCGUCGUCCACCACAUUAAGCUUUUUUUGUUAUUCGACUUGUUGCACCCGCACCGAAUGUGGAAAGCGAGAACGUGGCGUGCAAAGUGCGGACCGCAGGAAUAGAAAAGCACUAAUUGUCUGCACCCUUUGCCGAUGCAAAAAAUAAAAUGAAAAUAAAAAAAAGUCUCACCUGAACUGCCUUUUUAUCACCCGAAACACGUGGUUUUGUACCGUCUGUUCGAUGCAUCGCUUCUGAAUCCGUCAUACCGCCAUGAUCCACUUCAAAAAAGCCCGUCUUCAUGUGGCACUGAGCGUCCCGAUACGAUAUUGAUAUCGAGCCGAUAUCAGCGCAAGAAAAGCAAUUUCUUGUAUUUUAGUGGAGUCGUUUACAAAAGGUAAACAUGCAAGGCUAUAGGCUAUUAGGAGCUAGUAGGUAAGUCACAUUUCUUUACAUAGCACCUUUCACAGACUAAAAGCCGUAAAAAUGGUAAAUUAAAAGAGAAUACAAUGAUUUGCAAAUCCUUUUUAGCUUAUAUUCAAUUGAAUAGACUGCAAAGACAAGAUACUUAAUGUUCACACUGAAAUAAUGUGGCGUGGCAUCGUUUUGCUGAAAUAAGCAGGGGCGUCCUUGAAAAAGACGUUGCUCCAAAAGCUGUAUGUACCUUUCAGCAUUAAUGGUGCCUUCACAGAUGUGUAAGUUACCCAUGCCUUGGGCACUAAUACACCCCCAUACCAUCACACAUGCUGGCUUUUACACUUUGCGCCUAGAACAGUCCGGAUGGUUCUUUUCCUCUUUGGUCCGGAGGACAAGACGUCCACAGUUUCCAAAAACUAUUUAAAAUGUGGACUCGUCAGACCACAGCACACUUUUCCACUUUGCAUCAGUCCAUCUUAGAUGAGCUCGGGCCCAGCGAAGCCGGCAACGUUUCCGGGUGUUGUUGAUAAAUGUAUUUGGCUUUGCAUGUUAACUUGCACUUACAGAUGUAGCGACCAACUGUAGAUACUGACAGUGGUUUUAUGAAGUGUUCCCGAGACCAUGUGGUGAUAUCCUUUACACACUGAGGUCGCUUUUUGAUGCAGUACCGCCUGAGGGAUCGAAAGGUCACGGGCAUUCAAUGUUGGUUUUCGGCCUUUCUCCAGAUUCUCUGAACCUUUUGAUGAUAUUACGGACCGUAGAUGGUGAAAAACAUAUCUUAUGUGGCACUGUCGAAAUUAAAAUAGCAAAAAAAACAUAUUAAACGUGAAAAAAAGAAAUAAAUACAAUAUUUGAACGCACAAUUUGUAGCACCCAUUUGACGCCGUAUAGCCCCUCGUAGAUAUAACCUUAGUGUGCUAGUGUUAGCAUGCUAACAGGUAAAAGACUGGCAUACUUUAAAUUUGGUGCCAAGUUAAAGAACCCAUGAUUAUUGAGUUAAAAAGUACGAAAUUCACUAAAAUGUUAGCAUGCUAACCUUAGCAUGUUAACAGGGAAAAAGCUAGCAUACUUUUAAAAUGGCACCAAGUAACAAAAUCCAUGAUUAUUGUUUACUAUGUACUAAAUUAGCUAAAAUGCUCAAAUAUAACUUUAGUGUGCGAGUGUUAGCAUGCUAACAUAGGCAUGCUAACAGGUAAAAGACUGGCAUACUUUAAAUUUGGUGCCAAGUUAAAAAACCCACUAGCAUCCAUCCACCCAUUUUCUACCGCUUGUCCCUUUCGGGGUCGCAUACUUCUAAAAUGGCACCAAGUAACAAAAUCCCUGAUUAUUGUUUACUAUGUACUACUUGAACUAAAAUGCUAAAAUAUAACUUUAGUGUGCUAGUGUUAGCAUGCUAACAGGUAAAAGACUGGCAUACUUUAAAUUUGGUGCCAAGUUAAAGAACCCAUGAUUAUUGAGUUAAAAAGUACGAAAUUCACUAAAAUGUUAGCAUGCUAACCUUAGCAUGUUAACAGGGAAACAGCUAGCAUACUUCUAAAAUGGCACCAAGUAACAAAAUCCAUGAUUAUUGUUUACUAUGUACUAAAUUAGCUAAAAUGCUCAAAUAUAACUUUAGUGUGCGAGUGUUAGCAUGCUAACAUAGGCAUGCUAACAGGUAAAAGACUGGCAUACUUUAAAUUUGGUGCCAAGUUAAAAAACCCACUAGCAUCCAUCCACCCAUUUUCUACCGCUUGUCCCUUUCGGGGUCGCAUACUUCUAAAAUGGCACCAAGUAACAAAAUCCCUGAUUAUUGUUUACUAUGUACUAAAUGAACUAAAAUGCUAAAAUAUAACUUUAGUGUGCUAGUGUUAGCAUGCUAACAGGUAAAAGACUGGCAUACUUUAAAUUUGGUGCCAAGUUAAAGAACCCAUGAUUAUUGAGUUAAAAUGUACGAAAUUCAUUAAAAUGUUAGCAUGCUAACCUUAGCAUGUUAACAGGGAAAAAGCUAGCAUACUUCUAAAAUGGCACCAAGUAACAAAAUCCAUGAUUAUUGUUUACUAUGUACUAAAUUAGCUAAAAUGCUCAAAUAUAACUUUAGUGUGCGAGUGUUAGCAUGCUAACAUAGGCAUGCUAACAGGUAAAAGACUGGCAUACUUUAAAUUUGGUGCCAAGUUAAAAAACCCACUAGCAUCCAUCCACCCAUUUUCUACAGCUUGUCCCUUUCGGGGUCGCAUACUUCUAAAAUGGCACCAAGUAACAAAAUCCCUGAUUAUUGUUUACUAUGUACUAAAUGAACUAAAAUGCUAAAAUAUAACUUUAGUGUGCUAGUGUUAG